UUAAGCGCCUACGGCAGUGCGGCCCUGGCAGCUUCCGUGGCCGCUUUUGUCUGGAGGUUCCAGGCGAUCUACUGAGAUGGCGAGCGCAGCUGCACCUACAGCCGCAGUCCCCACCCUAGCUCCGCCUUUGGAGCAGAUCCGGCACUUGGCAGUGGAGCUGCGGUUACUCCUGCCUGGAGUGCGGGUCGGAGAAGCCCGAGAGACCACCAAGGAGUUUAAUCCUGAGACGUUUUGGAGGAGACUCAACGCGGCAGCUGUGAACGUGUCAAGGGAAGCCACGACUCUGACUGAAGUCUUCUCUCGAGUGCCACUGCCCUCUCCACAGGAAACCCAGAGGUUCUGUGAACAAGUGCGUGCUGCCAUCACGGCAGUCAUUGCAGUAUACUAUUCACUUCCCAAGGAUCAGGGAAUCACCCUGAGAAAGCUGGUACGGAACGCUACUCUGGACAUCAUAGAUGGAAUGGCUCAGCUUGUGGAUGUGCUUUUCAUUACUCCAGCUCAGAGCCCAGAGAACAGUGACCUUAUUUCCUAUAACAGUGUCUGGACUGCAUGCCAGCAGGUGCCUCGGAUACCAAGAGAUAACAAAGCUGCGGCUCUUUCAAUGCUGACGAAGAGUGUGGAUUUUGUGAAGGAUGCACAUGAGGAAAUGGAGCAGGCUGUGGAAGAAUGUGACCCAUACUGUGGCCUCUUAAAUGACACUGAGGACAAUCCUGACAACCAUGGUGAUGAAGAGGAUGAUGGGUUGGGGUGUCCAAACAAUCGGGACUUAUAUUGGUCAGAGGAAGAUCAAGAGCUCAUAAUCCCAUGCCUUGCACUCGUGAGAGCAUCCAAAGCCUGCCUGAAGAAAAUCCGGAUCUCAGUGGCAGAGAAUGGGAAGAAAGAUCAGGUGGCCCAGCUGGAUGACAUUGUGGAUAUUUCUGAUGAGAUUAGCCCUAGCGUGGAUGAUUUGGCUCUGAGCAUAUAUCCACCUAUGUGCCACUUGACUGUGCGAAUCAAUUCUGCGAAACUUGUAUCUGUCUUAAAGAAGGCACUUGAAAUUACUAAAGCAAGUCAUGUGACCCCACAGCCGGAAGAUAGUUGGAUCCCUUUACUCAUUAAUGCCGUUGAUCAUUGCAUGAACAGAAUCAAGGAACUCACUCAGAAUGAACUUGAAUUGUGAGUUUUCAGACUCAUUUGUAGUCUCCUCUCUCCUUACUAUCAGAGGUAGCCUCUGAUGUCGUCUUUUAAAAUGGGGCUAGAAUGCUCUCUGGAUCAAAAGGGAAUUCCUGCCCAAAUUUGUCAAGAGACAUUAUUUUUUUUUUUUAUUU